CCAGUUUGAAUCAAGUACCUCGGAGCUCAGCGUCACAUACAACAUCUGCACGCUCUUUUCUCUCAAAAUCUUCAGCUGGGCAUCUGAGGAAAAUAGAGAAACUUGGACAUUCGUUCAGAUUGUAUAUAAUUCCAGAAAGCUUCAAAAGUAGUUUUGAGAAACAAUGGAUGACUACCUGAAGAUAGAGAAAAUUGGUGAAGGUACAUAUGGUGUGGUAUAUAAAGGCAGGAAUAAAACCACAGGGCAGGUGGUGGCCAUGAAGAAAAUCCGUCUGGAAAGUGAGGAAGAGGGGGUGCCCAGCACUGCGGUCAGAGAGAUCUCCCUCCUCAAGGAGCUCCAGCACCCCAACGUUGUAUGCCUGUUAGAUGUAUUGAUGCAGGAAUCAAAGUUGUACCUGGUGUUCGAGUUUCUGUCCAUGGAUCUAAAGAAGUACUUGGACUCUAUUGGAUCAGGCCAGUACAUGGACCCCAUGCUGGUUAAGAGUUACCUGUAUCAGAUUCUCGAGGGGAUUCUGUUCUGCCACUGUCGUAGGGUUCUGCAUCGUGAUCUGAAGCCGCAGAACCUUCUGAUCGAUAAUAAAGGUGUGAUUAAGCUGGCAGACUUUGGGCUGGCACGUGCCUUUGGAGUGCCAGUCAGAGUAUACACACAUGAGGUGGUCACUCUAUGGUAUAGAGCUCCAGAGGUGUUGCUAGGGGCCUCUCGCUAUUCCACGCCUGUAGAUGUCUGGAGUAUCGGUACCAUCUUUGCCGAACUUGCCACUAAGAAACCCCUCUUCCAUGGAGACUCAGAAAUAGACCAGCUCUUCAGGAUCUUCAGGACACUGGGAACCCCUAAUAAUGAGGUUUGGCCAGAUGUUGAGUCACUGCCAGAUUAUAAAAAUACCUUCCCAAAGUGGAAAUCUGGGAAUCUGGCCAACACAGUGAAAAACCUGGACAAGAAUGGCAUCGACCUGCUCUCGAAAAUGCUGAUUUAUGACCCACCAAAGAGGAUUUCUGCACGGCAAGCAAUGACACACCCCUAUUUUGACGAUCUGGAUAAGAGCACUCUUCCCGCCAGUAACCUCAAAAUAUAAACUUGCAUCGAAGAUCUUAUAUUUCCCACUCCAUUAGGAAAUGGAUUUAUAUCACAUGUUUUACGCAUACACGAUCCAAUGCAGUGUAAAUUCAGGGGUCAUAAUUAAUCUAACUCUAAAAUUCCUGGAGUUGUUUCUUAAUCCAGAAUGAAGAGAGGUGUUUGGUUGAUUCUGGAGGUGUAGACUCACUCCUUCCACCAGCAAUAAUGCAAUCCGAGUCUUUUGGCAUGCAAUAAUUAAUGUUCGUUUGUUGAAAUGGGUGGUUUUCUACAUUUGUUUGUCUGUUUUUUGUAUGUCUUUUCCCAUCCUAUUUUAUGUUACAUAAAACACCCAUUUGUAAAUAAAAUGUUUUUUGUUGUGUUUUUAUUUUGUUUGUAAAAUAUUCAAAUAAUAAAACGUGUUCUCAUUAAAGAGCACUUU